AUGUCUGGCCAAAGAAGAAUCAGUCACCCCAUGUACUCAAUGGGCCCGUUUGACAUCAUCGAAGUCGGGGCAAACACGUUGAAAGACACUAACAACUUCGGUCAAUUCAAUUACGGAUCGUCGGUUGUCCUAGAAGACAAGGCGACUGGCAAACCUUACAACCACGAGAUCCUGCUGUCUGGCUACGGGUCUAGAACCACUGCCCCUGUUCGGGACAGGGUUUACCUUCUUGGAGGGCUUUUUGUCAAGAAUCCCGAGGAGCCCCCGACAGGCGAUGAAGACGAAGCGAGAUGUACCGGCUACACUUUUUUCUACGAUCAAGCCCUGACCCUUGGUAUUGGUGGAACAGAACAAUAUUGCACCAAAACAACAUCUUUCCUCAUGAAUAAGGUCGGGGUCUUUGGCUUCGGUUUGAUAACUAACCGUCAGGAGAUCCAGCAUACCACUCCGAACAAUAAUUCUCAAACCGAUCUCCACGUUUCUGUGCAGCACACUGAUUAUCAUACCACGGCCAAACAACUGAUGGAGUUCCAAGUCAACUACAUCGUUCCUGGCAAUAAGCUCUUGAACCACACGUUCAAUUUGUUUCAAGUCGGACGAGAGGCACUGAUUGUCGGUUACAUCACCAGCCAUGAUGAUGAUGCCGAGAUUUGGCAAGUCACGGUUUUGCUGGUGUCGAUAUCUUCGGGAGGCAGAAGUACCACUGUUAACUUGAUGUCUACUCCGGCCUCUUCAAACGCCGGGUCGGUUGAACAACCUCGACCUAACAUGAGACGUAUUGGGGCUCGCAAGACCCCUACUCCAGCCAGCAAAACUGCUCCGAAGCAGUUUUCAGUCAACGCCAGCCAAGAACCCCAACAAGCGAAACAGCCUCCUUCCUUAGCACCCCUGGAAAUAUUUCCAACUCCCUCGACUUCAGCCACUGUGCUCUCCUCCAAGGAGAAAGACUAUGAAGAAAGCGAAGAAGCUGAAGUAUCGGAUGAUGACAACGACGACCAUUUCAAAGACACGUACCCUCCAGGCGAUAAAAACAACAAGAGGGCUCAAACCUCGCAGACAGGCUCCGGAAUCCUUGCCGAGGCACAGAAGAAACUCAAGGGCCGUGCUUAAGCCCCUCGAUCGAGGAUCGUGAUCGUUACUCACGCAACGAUCAGUGGUAACAGACCACAACUAACAACGAUGAUUUUUUCCAUCUCCUUCUCUAUCUACCUUGGCCGAUCAUAAGAACUAUAUCAUGUGAACUACGCCCUAUCUCUUUGUACUAGAUCGGUCUGUGCUCAAAUGUUCAUCAACUUGAACUCAUGUAUCUACUAAAUGUCAUGUCUCGACAUCUCUAUUACCUAGCUGAUCCUAUUGUCAACGUCUGCAAUUAAAAUGAAUGAAAUGUGC